AUGCCGCGCCGCCGCCAGCCCUCCCCCCCACCGCUCCCCUCCUCCUCGCCCUCAUCCUCGCGCAGCCCCUCCCCGCCUCCCACCCCAUCUGGCCCCAGCACGGCGCUGGACGCGCAGGGCUUCCCGCAUAUCUGGGCGGGCGUCCUCGCGGCCGUCGCGUCUGCAGACCUGCAGCCCCUGCGCGCCGUGUCGCGUUCUCUGCGCACGCAGAUCGACAGCACGCUCGCGCGCCACGUGCUCGUGUUCGAGGCGCACAACGCCGGCGUUGUCCACGGCAACCUCGGCACCAUGCUCGCUGCGCGCGCGGCCGCGAAGGCGCGCGAGGCGGAGCGCAUCGCCACAGGCAAGGAGGACGAAGGGCGUUCGCACCCCCGAGGGCGUCGGGCUCGCCGCGCGGAGCGGCGCAUUGCGCGCGGCGCGCAGCCUGGCCAGCCGCCCACUGGCGAUUCGAGCUCCGAUUCCGACUCGGCCGAAGACGGGAGGGACACGCGCUCGCUCACCGAGGACGACAUUGCACAGCUGCGACGCUUUGGCUUCUCAAAGCCCAAGCGCGCCGCGACGGAGGCGUACCGUGCCCACCAGGUCCAGGUGUACACUGUGCUGCCUUCGCCCUCGGCCCCGGCCCAAGACCACAUCCGCGGCGCCAGCGGCGUGCGGUAUGCCGCCCAGCACCACCGCUAUCUCCGCUCGCUGGCGCUGGAGCGCAACCCGACCCCGCAGGAGCUGAUGCCGUUCUACGCGGCUCCCGAGGACGGCGUGCUCUCCAACACGCGCGUGCUCGACGUCCUCGGGUGCCCGCCCCUCCCGCACCUCGCCAACCUGCUCCCCCACCUCGAGAUCGUCCGCCUCAUCCCCCACCCCGACUGGGAGGACUACCUCCUCCGCCGGCCCACGGUCGGGCGGUACCGCGACAGCCUGGACGAGCUCAUGGCCGAGAAGCUCAAGGCGCUGCGCGCGGACACGGUGGUGCUCUUCUCGCGCGCCCAGCCGCCUGACGCGUUCGGCAGCGCGCCCAUCGCGGACAUGCACGCGCGGCGGCUUGUCGUCGUCGUCCCGCCCUUCCGCAACGUGCUCACGCCCAACGGGUACGCCGUGCCCGCGUACACUGGCCCGCGGUACGACCUCUUCGAGCCCUCAAGAUGCAACGACUACGCGCUGUGGAAGCACGGCCCGAGCGAGUGCGCCGCCGAGGAGAUCGUGUACAUCUUUACUGGGGUAUGGCCCGACGUUGAGCUCAGGCUGGGCCAGGACGACCGGCGGAGCAACGGCUUUCUCGGCCUGCUGCACGCCUGCUUCCACGAAGCACACGUCUCCCCCAAGCAGCAGCCGCACAUCCUCGUCGGCGUCGAGGCCAUCCCCGCGCAGCUGCUCCGCCUCGACGCCGAGUACGAGGCGCUGCGGACGACCAAUGUCGAGGGGUACUAUGCCGCGCUGAUGGACAUUGUGGUGCAGCAGUACGGCACCAACCCAGACCUCUGCGUCGACCAGACGUUUGAGGAGCUGCCGCGCGAGGAGCAGGCGGAGAUCGUCCGCUCCCUGUUCACGUUCAUGACGCACGACGCGUACCGCGACUUGGUGGGCGAGCAGACGUACAUCGACUACACGGCGGCGUACGACUGGAUGUAG